CAUCUGAUUGGUCACGUUGCCCGUUUCGUUCAUUGGCAAGCAAAAUAGUGCUAGCCUGAGGUUGAUUGUACUGAACAUUGUUGUUACCCGUACGCAGCAAACAUGUCUGAAGAGCGUUCCGAAAGGUCCGAUGGAAGGAUUGUCAAGAUGGAGGUCGACUACAGCUCAACUGUAGACCAGCGUCUCCCGGAAUGCGAGAAAAUGGCUAAAGAUGGCAAGUUGCAAGAGGCAGUUGAAAGCUUGUUGACAUUAGAGAAACAAACCAGAACGGCAUCAGACAUGGUGUCAACAUCCAGAAUCCUUGUGGCUGUGGUACAGAUGUGCUAUGAUGCAAAAGACUGGGAUGCUCUGAACGAAAAUAUCAUGCUUCUUUCCAAGAGGAGGAGUCAGCUGAAACAGGCUGUGGCGAAAAUGGUGCAAGAAUCUUACAAGUAUGUGGAUUCUGUGACUGAUUUGACCAUCAAGCUGCGGCUCAUUGACACUCUUCGCACUGUAACAGCGGGAAAGAUUUAUGUCGAGAUUGAACGUGCCAGGUUAACAAAGACCUUGGCAAAUAUCAAGGAACAAAGCGGUGAUAUAAAAGAGGCAGCUUCCAUUCUUCAGGAACUGCAGGUGGAGACAUAUGGCUCUAUGGAGAAAAAAGAGAAAGUAGAGUUCAUCUUGGAGCAGAUGAGGCUUUGCAUUGCUGUCAAGGAUUACAUUCGCACACAGAUCAUCAGCAAGAAGAUAAACACCAAAUUUUUCCAAGAGGAGGGCACUGAGGAAUCAAAGCUGAAGUACUACAACCUGAUGAUUCAGGUGGACCAGCAUGAGGGCUCAUAUCUGUCCAUAUGCAAACACUAUCGGGCCAUUUAUGACACCCCAUGCAUCUUGGAGGACAACAGCAAGUGGCAGCAGGCCCUGAAGAGUGUUGUGCUGUAUGUGAUUCUCUCUCCUUAUGACAAUGAGCAGUCAGACCUAGUUCACAGGAUCAGUGCAGAUAAGAAAUUGGAAGAGAUUCCCAAAUACAAGGACCUUCUGAAGCAGUUCACCACCAUGGAGCUUAUGCGCUGGGCUUCCUUGGUGGAGGAUUAUGGAAAGGAGUUGAGGAAGGGCUCACCCGGCAGUCCCGCUACCGACGUCUUUUCGUAUUCUGAGGAGGGAGAGAAGCGGUGGAAGGAUCUGAAGAACAGAGUGGUGGAGCAUAACAUCAGAAUAAUGGCGAAAUAUUACACCAGAAUUACAAUGAAGAGGAUGGCCGGGCUUCUUGACCUCUCCGUUGACGAAUCUGAGGAGUUCCUCUCCAGCCUCGUCGUAAACAAGACCAUCUAUGCCAAGGUGGACCGCCUAGCCGGAAUCAUCAACUUUCAGAGGCCCAAAGAUCCCAACGACCUGCUCAAUGACUGGUCACACAAACUCAACUCCCUCAUGUCACUGGUCAACAAGACCACACAUCUCAUCGCCAAGGAGGAAAUGAUCCACAAUCUGCAGUGAAACAAAAUUGGAGGUCUUUUUUUAUGGUUUGCUCCCUGUGGGUCCC